ACCAGCACCACACACGCGGUAACCACCAGCACCACCACCACGGUGCCGAGUGGAGGAGUCGCGAGCAGCGCGGCAAGAAGGAGUACUAGUAGGGGCAGUAGUAGGAGUUGUAGUAGUACUAGGAGUAGUAUUGGUGUAGUAGUAGUGUAGUAGUAGUGUAGUAGUAGGGGUAGUAGGAUUAGUAGUAGUAGUUUAGUAGUAGGAGUAGUAGUAGGGGUAGUAGGAGUAGUAGUGUAGUAGUAGUGUAGUAGUAGGGGUAGUAGGAGUAGUACUAGUAGUGGUAGUAGAAGGAGGUCUCCUGCUCUCUCGUGCUGCGUCAACUGCGCCUCAUUGGCAUCGAGCAGUGGUAUUGUGGGACCUCCAUCGUUGUCCGCACUGCCAUGGCUGCACAGGACGAGGGAUGGGUGCUCUACUACUGGCCCAAGCUGGCGGGCCGUGCCGAGUUCGUUCGCCUUGUGCUGGAGGAGGCCGGGGAACCUUACACCGAGGUCAACGAUGGCAUUGAGGCCAUGUUCUUUCAGGGCAAGCACCAAGAAUACCCCGCGCUUGCGCCCCCGCUCAUCCGCAAAGGAUCGUUCACGCUGUCGCAGACGCCCGUCAUCUGCCGCUACCUGGGCCGACGCCUGGGCCUGUGGCCGCAGAGCGAGGAGGACGAGUGGCACGCGGAUCAGGUCAACGCCACGAUCCACGACUUCAUCGCAGAGGGGCGUCUGGCUUUCCACGGGAAGGACUUCCAUGCGUCGUACUUCACGCAGCAGGAGGAGACGAAGCCGUACAUCGAGAAAUUCGUGAAGGAACGGCUGCUCCGCUUCCUCGGACACUUUGAGGCCACCCUCAAGGCCAACGAUGGAGGCCAAGGGUUCCUGGUGGGCGACUCGCUGACGUACGUGGACUUGGCGCUGCUGCACGCCCUGCGUGCCACCGCGGCGCAGUUCCCCGAGGAGUGGGCGGCAGCGGCGGAGGUCACGGCGCUGCUGCGAGCGUUCCAGGAGCGCGUGUCGGCGCGACCUCGCCUCGCCGCCUACUUCCGCUCCGAGCGCUGCAAGCCCUUUGAGGGCAACAGCAUGAUGUAGGCGGGACGGAGUGUGGCUGGUUGGCACGCGCUCUGGCGCAGUGGCAAUUCAGAGGGGGUAAAUUUUUUCAGGAAGGCCGUAAAUUUCGGUGGUGGCGUAUCAAUUAAAAAAUUUCUGAGAAGGCGAUUUAUAAAUUUGGGAAGAAAAAUGUAUGGCUUACGCAUUUUAAAAAUGUUGUACAAAAUGCAUCUAAAAUUAAAUGCACGUGAAGAAUUGUU